AUGGCGACCCGAACUCUGCGCUCUGCCAUCUUGGUCGAGCUCAUCAGGGCAUUCAAGGCUCUUCUGAAGACAGGCUGGAAGCCCAAGCGCAACAUCACCGACCUCUUCAAAAAGGUCAUCGCCCCUAAUGCGGGCGCCUUCAAGGAAUUUCUGUACGAAUCAUGGCAGCGCGAUGCCGGUGGCGAGGUUGGGCUUCUUGGCAGUGGGAGUGACUAUACUUCCUUUUUGCACUCUGGGAUCAACUCGCUCGAUAUUGGAUCCAGCAAUGGGCCUACUGACCCAGUAUGGCACUACCACUCCAACUACGACACUUACAAUUGGAUGACAACCUUUGGGUACCCAGGCUUGUUGCAGCACGCUGCCAUCGGAGAAUACCUCGCUCUCCUCGCAUUCACCUGGCCGACGAUGAGAUCCUUCCGAUUGAUGUCCGGAACUAUGCCACCGAGGCUUGCGGCGUAUGAAGAUGAUCUGAAGGACUUUGCUGCCGAGUACGGAGUCGAUAUUGAUCUGGAAGAGCUUGAUGACGCCAUCGAGACAUUCUCGGCUCUAGUUAAUAAGGCAAAUGCCCUCGAGAACCAAGCCAGAGCGUUGCAGGACGCAGACCUCAUCAAAGUCGUGAACCACAAGUAUGCCCACUUCCAGCGCAGCUUCGUCUCGCAAGGUGGUCUGCCGGAUCGUGAGUUCUGCAAGCAUGUUGUGACAGCACCAGGCUUAGAUACUGUCACUUUUCCUGUCGUCACGGAGGGCAUCCAGCACGACAGGCUGGAUGACGCGGAGGAGUGGAUUUAUAAAACGGUUCAGGCAAUCUUGAGAGCUGGGGAGAUCUUGAAGACAUGA